AAUAUAUCCGAUAUCACCUUAAAAAGAGAUAACAGUAUUUUUUUUUCAAGAGGACAAACAUUCAUAAAAGAAGAAAAAAUAUAUGAUAUCAGGUUUAUCUUGUUGAUAGCUUGGGACAAAGAUUAUUCAUUUGCUAGUCGUUGGCAGUCGUUGCAAAUUGUUGCAAGUUGUUUGACACAGGUGAUAAAACAUUAAAAAUGGCUCUAAGUCCUGGAGAUCCAAGUUCUUUUUCAAAGCCAGAACUUGCAGUUGUAACUCAUAUCCAUUUAGAACUAGAUGUUAAUUUUGAACGUAAAGUUCUUACAGGUAAAGCAAUAUUAGAUGUAGAAACAAAAGAUGCUGCCACUGAAGUAAUUUUAGAUAAUCGUAAACUCUUCAUACUGGAUGUUACAAAUACUGUUGAUGAAUCUCAUCUACAAUAUGAUAUUGGAGAUGACAUUGAAUUUGGAAAUAAAUUGGUUAUUCAGUUACCUGAAACAGCAAUAGCUUUUAUUGAUAAUAACAAAAAAUAUAAGAUUGAAAUUAAAUACGAGACAUCUCCAGAUGCUACUGCAUUGCAAUGGCUAACAGCGGAACAAACUGCUGGUGGUGUACAUCCCUACUUGUUCUCUCAAUGUCAGGCUAUACAUGCUAGAUCCAUGUUUCCUUGUCAAGAUACCCCAGCUGUAAAAUCUACAUACUCUGCUAAAGUUUCUACACCACAUGAACUUACAGUUGUAAUGUCUGCUCUUCUGGAUAAAGUAUCAGACUUGGAGAACUCAAAGAAAUUAUAUGAGUUUCACCAACCAAUACAAAUACCAUCUUACCUGGUAGCUAUUGCAGUAGGUGCAUUAGUAUCCAAACAAGUUGGCCCAAGAAGCAAAGUAUGGGCUGAGAAGGAGUUUGUUGAUAAAAGCGCAUACGAAUUUGGAGAAACUGAAACAAUGCUGCAGACUGCUGAGCAAUUGUGUGGUUCUUAUGUUUGGGGCAUUUAUGACAUAUUAGUACUUCCACCAAGUUUUCCAUUUGGGGGAAUGGAGAAUCCUUGUCUAACGUUUGUGACACCGACUCUACUUGCUGGAGAUCGUUCGUUAGCCAAUGUUAUUGCACACGAAAUUGCUCACAGUUGGACGGGAAAUUUAGUUACAAACGCUAACUUCGAGCAUUUUUGGUUGAAUGAAGGUUUUACCGUAUUUGUUGAAAGAAAAAUUAAUUCUAGAAUGUUUGGUGAAAAAAUGAGGCAUUUUGAAGCAUUACACGGCAUUGAAAGUCUGCGCGAAGAGAUUCAAAAUCUGGGUAAAACAAAUCAACUGACCAACUUGGUGCCAAAUCUGACCGGUAUCGAUCCUGACGAUGCGUUUUCGAUUGUUCCUUAUGAAAAGGGACAUACAUUCUUGUUUUACCUGGAGCAACUUUUAGGUGGGCCAGAAGUGUUUGAGCCAUUUUUUAAAUCUUAUUUAGACAUGUAUAAGUACAAAAGUAUCAAAACAGAUACUUGGAAAGAUUACUUGUAUCAUUAUUUCCCUGACAAAGUUCAGCUGUUAAAUUCUGUCGAUUGGGACACGUGGCUCCAUAAGCCGGGCAUGCCACCUAUUAUACCCGAUUAUGACAAGACAUUGGCAAUUGUGUGUACUGAAUUAGCGGAACGUUGGAUCCAGUCGGACGAAAAUACUGCUAUGACCUUCGCUAUGAAGGAUAUAAAGGACUUUUCUCCUGGUCAGAAAGUAGCAUUCUUGACUGAUUUACAUAAGUCAUCUAUAGUUCUGUCAGUCAACAAGAUACAGCAAAUGGCAAAUAUUUAUCAGCUGGACUCUGUGAAAAAUUGCGAAAUACGGUUCAUUUGGUUGCGAUUAUGUAUUAAGAAUCGUUGGGAAGCGAGAGUUUCCGAUGCUUUAGCUUUUGCUACUGAGCAAGGACGAAUGAAGUAUGUACGUCCUAUAUUCCGAGACUUAUACGAUUGGAUAGAAAUGCGACAACGAGCGAUCGAUGUAUAUCUCAGCAAGAAAAAUAAGAUGAUGUACGUGACUGCGCACAUGGUUGCGAAGGAUCUUCACUUGAUUGUUUGAUAUGAAAGAAUUACACAACUAAUAUUUUAUACAGAGAUAUUAAUUUUAUAUAUUUUAUCUAAAAAUCGGAUUUUUUAUUCAUAGUGACAUUAAUAUCUCGCAUAUUUUAUCUAUAUAUUUCAUCAGACAAUUACUUUUUACUAUUUUACCAUAAUGUUAAUAUAAAAGAAAGAGAUAAUGUGAUU